AUGGUGAACACGACGGCGGCUAUGGUGAGCGGCGGCAAGGGCGGCGUGCUGCCGCUGGCGUCCCUGAACCACAUCAGCAUAGUGUGCAAGUCGGUGGAGGAGUCGCUCGACUUCUACAUGAACGUCCUCGGGUUCACCCCCAUCCGCCGGCCCGGCUCCUUCGACUUCGACGGCGCAUGGCUGUUCAACUACGGGAUCGGCAUCCACCUGCUGCAGUCGGAGCGUCCCGACAGCUUACCAGCGAAGAAGGAGAUCAACCCCAAGGAUAACCACAUCUCCUUCCAGUGCGAGAGCAUGGUGGCGGUGGAGCGGCGGCUCAAGGAGCUGGGCAUUCCAUACAUCCAGCGGUGCGUGGAGGAGGGCGGCAUCUACGUGGACCAGAUCUUCUUCCACGACCCCGACGGCUUCAUGAUCGAGAUCUGCAACUGCGACAACCUCCCGGUCGUCCCGCUCGCCGACCAGACCUUCGCCAUGGCCGCCUGCAAGAGGGUCGCCUCCGUCAAGCAGCAGCAGGUGCCCAUGCCGGUCGCACAAGUAGCGCAAGCAACCCCUGCUCCCACGGCGGCCGCGGCUUCGCAGUGCAUUCCCGCGCCGAACCCGGCCUUGCAGCGCGUCGGCGGCGAGGAGGCGGCGCAUAUCUCGUGCGCGUGA